AUGACGAGCAAUCAGAAUUCUUUCGGCUUGUUCGGCUACACGCCCUCCAUCUACCAAGGGGAUCCCUACGGGACCUCGGAGAAGGCGCGAGGGGACGCGAGGUACAAAGGGAAGCAGUUUAAGGUCGGCGGGUACAAGAAGGGCAAGACACCUGACGUCUACUUCGACCCUGCCGUCGCCUCGAGCGUGUACAUUGGAGCCAAGUACACGACCCUCUUCGACCUUGACAGAAAAUAUCACAAGGAGAAGAAGCAAAGGCAGAUAGUCUCUGCUCCCUUCAAGCCCUCCACUCCCAGCCAGCACAUGGAGGGCAAGGGCGGGUACUUCGGGACCUUCGGCAAGUUCGAGAACAUCAAAACUUCCGACGAGUACGACAAACGGCCGGUGAAGAAAGGAGAGACGAGGGAGUUCGAGCCGAGAAACUUCUUGACGAGUCCAUCCAAGAAAGGACAUCAGGGGCUACUCAGCUGCAAGAAUGGCGUCCAGGGGGUUGCCAACGAAUAUCACUACGAGUCAUCUCCCCCUCCAACUAGAGAGAAGAAGGAGCACGUCACUCCAUUCAAACCCCCGUCGCCUGCUAGGAAGGGUCUCUUCACUCAGGACUGUAAAGUCACUUUCUCCGACUUUAAGUACGGAAUUCAAGGGCCUAGAGAUCGCAAGCGCAAUGCAGCAGGCGAAGGUCUCAAGCCAUGGUUCCCCACCAGCGUCUCCAAGUCCAUUCGAGGGCCUUUGGGUCGCAUCUUCGCCACCAUCAAUCCCCCUCCUGAGUACCUGCCGCAGGGAGGCGCCGAAAAGAAGGCGAGCAAGGAGGAAGACAUCAAGAAAAUUGGCCCAGCAUUCCGACCGAGCAGCUGCCCGAAGUCCAUGCGCAGGUCAGCUGGGCCUUGUAACGCGCUCCUCACCCAUCCACUGCAGCAACCUUUCUCGCUCCUGCAGCAACGGAGAGCAGGAGCACGUUCUCGAACCUCCUACUCGCAUGGAGGCGACAGCAUCCUCUAUGCCGGGGCAGAUACGAACUCCAACGGCUCGUCGUCCGGCCAUACGACGCUGCCGCCUUUCUUCAAGUCGUCGCCUUUCCAGGGCCUUCCUGUCCUGAGGGCGCUCUUGGCAACAUUCCAUCGCAAUCUUAUGAGCUUAGCAAGUUUGUCAACCAUCGAGGUUCAAACUUACUCGCUUUACCUGCCCCUCUCUCGGACGCUCUCCAUCCCCUGGCCAGACAUCUUGAUAGGCCACUUGAUAGAUGCUGGUGGCAUUCAUGGGGAGAGGAGGAACUAG